AUGUUUAUUGAACGCGACGGUGACCGCGAGAGAUUCACUUGGGCGUUCAUUCUGGCCUUCUCAAAAUUCGAAAAAGUGAGCCAUUCCCGGGGUCUUGGAAUACAGUAGCGGCUACGGUUUAAGAGAGGGUCGGUACAAGCCAAUUUCACUCUCUUAAAUCCGGCUUUCUGUUAUAUCGUGUUGGCUACGGUAUAAGAGAGAAUCCUCUUAAACAGUAUCUCGCUAUAAGAGAAUAUUCUCUUAUAUCGUAGCCAAAACUAAAGGUCGUGAAACAGGGACUCUCGCGCACUGACUACACUCGAAUGCCAAAAUAGGUCAUGAAAAGAGCGUAUCAU